CGCGCUUGUUGAUCGAAAGACCUUGCCAAGAUGCGGUUGACCACACCAGUCCUUCUGGCACAACUCGUCAGCGUCUCAGCAGCUCAGAACAAGACAGGACCGUCCGCGACGCUUGCACUCGACGUCGACGAUCUGUGGAACAUCUUCGUAGGCCCAGUAUCGAUCGCCGCGACCACGACCGUCGUUUCGCCGACUCCAGUCCCAAGCGCCGAGCUGAUCCCGCCUCCACAACUCUAUCGUCCAUCUUUCCCAUCCGGGCAGCAGGUCAUCGCAGCCAUCAAGAACGAAUCAUGGUCGUUUCCAAAAGACUUCUUGUGGGGUGUUGCAGGAGCAGCAUAUCAGGUUGAAGGAGCAGUCAAAGCAGAUGGCAGAGGCCCGUCCAUAUGGGAUGUAGCAAUACAUCGUGUUCCAAAUUAUGUGACCAACAACUAUACCGCUGAUAUCAGCGACAACAACUACUACCUCUACAAGCAAGACAUUGCUCGAUUGGCUGCAAUGGGCGUCAAAGCUUACUCGUUCAGCAUAUCCUGGAGCCGUGUGCAGCCUUUCGGGAAUGGACCUGUCAACCAAGCUGGUUUGGACUUCUACAGUGAUCUGGUAGACACUUGCCUGCAAUACAAUGUCACACCCAUUGCGACCUUGUACCAUUGGGAUCUCCCUGCCUGGCUGCAGAACACGUACGGCGGCUGGCUUGGUUCGGAGAUUGUGGACGACUUCGUGGAGUAUGCUCGCAUCACAUUCCAAGCACUCGGCGACCGAGUGAAACACUGGUACACCGUCAAUGAGCCUCAGGUAUUCUGCAGCAAUUAUCCUUUACCCGCAGCGUAUUUCAAGAACACCUCGAUUCCAGCCGUUCAACAACAGUUCUUCUGCGGCCAUCACGUCCUCCUGGCACACUCGCAAGCCUACCAUCUCGGCAAGAGAAUUUUAGGGAAUGAUAGCGUCAUCUCAUUGAAACUCAAUGGCGGCUACAAAAUUCCUCUCACAAACAGUACCGAAGAUGCCCAGGCCGCCCAGCGCUCCUGGGACUUUUCCGAAGGCUGGUAUGCGAAUCCAAUAUUCCUGACCGGCGACUAUCCAAAUUCCCUCAAGACUUUCGUCUCGGAUUUCCUCCCCGACUUCACCGCCGACCAAAAGUCCCAAAUCAAAGGCUCAGCAGAUAUCUUUGCGCAUGACGCCUACACCUCACAAUUCUUCUUCGCUCCCGAAGGCGGCAUUUCCGCUUGCACUGGCAAUCCAUCCAAUCCCUUAUACCCAUCCUGCGCAAAUUCGUCAUACACCUACUCGAAAAACGACGGAGGCUGGCCCAUCGGUCCCGCAGCAGAUCCAGGUGCUCCAUGGCUCCACAAAGCUACAGAAUGGGUUCCUCUCUUGAUGCACUACAUUCAAGAUACAUGGGCAAAUGGCAAAGGCAUCGUCAUCGCUGAGUUCGGCUUUGCCGAGCCGUUUGAGGCUCAAAAGACGCUGCUUCAAGAUAUCUUGUACGAUCCUAUCCGCACGAGCUACUAUCACGACUACAUGCAAUCCGUGUUGUUGGCGCUGAGCGAGGGAGUCAACAUUGUGGGAACUCUGGCUUGGAGCUUUGUCGAUAAUUUGGAAUGGAAUCAGGGCUAUGGGACGAGAUUUGGGAUGCAGUAUGUUAACUUCACGGACCCUGCGAGACCACGGUACUAUAAGUCGAGCUUUUUUGAGUAUGUGAAUGCGUUUAAGGUGUAUCAAAAGCAGGCGUAGGAUUAAUAAAGGAAAUGGAAAAUUGCUGAUGUGGUUGCUAGGUGCAGACAAGUCCUAGGUAAAGAUUUCAUUUCACAUAUCAAAAUUUCUGUCUG